AUGUCAGUUGCUGGUGCGUGUGCAGUUGCUGCUGCGCACGCCUGCUCGUGCGCGGCGGCGUGCGUGGGGCUGCGCACACGGGCGGCAGGGCAGGGCGUAGGCCGUGACGGGGCAGGGCGCGGGGAAGGGCUGCAGUGGCGCGUGGUGGCGAACGUGGCGUUUACGGCGGCUACAACUGCUGCGCUCGCGGCGGCGGUUGCUGCGGGCGUGGCGGCGACUGCUACUCGUGCGCAUGCGUUGGCGCGCGCGCUCGCGGCCGCCGUUGCUGUGUGUGCCGCCUGCUCGCAGCUGUGCGUGCUGCUGGCUGCGCGCGCGGCUAUACUUACUCCCAAAGCUGUUAAUUCAACGCGUGACAUGGAGCCCACCCACCAAGUCGACACGAGGAUGCACGACGGCCCUUCCAGCAUGAACAUUCAGCCCUCGCCGCCGUCGAUCGCGCCGUCAAUUGCGGAAGCGGACUCCGCGCGCUUUCCGCCGGCGUCCGCGGCAGGGAGCACGGCGGAAGACUCGCAUCUGAGCGCGCUCACGGUCUCCGAUCGCCCGCUGGUGCAAACUCCCGCGACUGGUUACCACCACCCUGCCGCAUCCCCUCUCCCAGCAGCACCACCAGUCAAACCAACCACAUCAGAAGGAGCAGGCCCCACAGCAGCAGCAGCAGCAGCAGCAGCAGCAGCAGUUUCGGCAGAAUCAGGCGCAGCAGGAGAAGGAGCGGGGGCGGGGGCGGGGGCGGGGCGGCGGAGGGUGGGGCUGGUGUACGAUGAGCGCAUGAUGGCGCACCAGGACCCCGAGAUGGACCACCCCGAACAGCCCGCGCGCAUCCACCGCAUCUUCUCCUACCUGCACUCCACCGGCCUCGCCCACCGGUGCAUCCGAGUGCCAGCGCGCGAGGCGAGGGACGAGGAGCUGCAGUCGGUGCACACGCGCGACCACGUGGCGUUCAUCCGCGCCGUGAGCAGCGAGCAGCUCAGCGCAGAGGAGCGCGAGGCGUGCAGCCGCGCCUUCAACUCCAUCUUCUUCAAUGAGGGCUCCUCCUCCUCCGCACUCCUUGCUGCUGGCUCCGUUGCUGAGCUAUCCCAGCAGGUGGCAGCACACAAGCUACAUCACGGAGCAGCAGCGGUGCGGCCGCCGGGGCACCAUGCAGAGGCGCACUGCCCCAUGGGCUUCUGCCUCUUUAACAACGUCGCCCUCGCUGCCAAGCACCUGCUCGUGGGUGCUUCAGCUGAGUUGCAUGCGUUAACAUCAGGCAUGCUGCCAUGUGUGCCUCGACAGCGGCAGGGUGCAUCGCAUUCUGGUGGUGGACUGGGACGUGCACCAUGGCAACGGCAUCCAGCACAUGUUCUGGACCGACCCGCGCCUCCUCUACUUCAGUGUUCACCGGCUCCUCCACCUCAGUGCGUGUGUGUGUGUGCGCACUGGCAUACGUGGACCGACCCACGCCUCCUCCACUUCAGUGUUCACCGCUACCAGGGCGGCAUGUUCUACCUGGCAGGCUUGGACGGCCACUACGAUAAGGUAUCAGGCAUGUUCUACCCGGCAGGCUUGGAUGGGGACUACAACAUGGUGGGAGCAGGGCAGCUCGGAGCAGCAGGCCCAGACGGGGACUACGACAUGGUGGGGGCGGGGCGGGGCGAGGGCUUCAACGUGAACGUGCCGUGGCCGGGCGGGGGCUACGGCGAUGGGGACUACUUUGCCGCCUGGGACCUUCUGCUGCUGCCGCUGCUGCACUCCUUCCAGCCGCAGCUCGUGCUUGUGUCCGCUGGGUUCGAUGCAGGUGGGGGGGCUGGGAGAAAGGUGGGGGUGAGGGAGUGGAUGGGAAGAGAUCGGAGGAGUGGAGGAGGUGGUCUGUAUGUACAUGGAGUGGGCAUGCAUGUGGGCAUGCACGUGGGCAUGCAUGUGGGCAUGCAUGUGGGCAUGCAUGUGGGCAUGCAUGUGGGCAUGCAUGUGGGCAUGCCUGUGUUCUGGUUACAACGGAGGACUAAGGCGGUCGAAUUCCAGACGAAGAACGACUCCGUCAAAGAGAAAUCUGCAGCAGCUGUCGCGAAGAUCCACUUGGAGAAUCAAAAACGGCUGCAGGCGGAGUUUAUCGCUUCUAAAGAACUGGAGGUUGAAGAAAUUCAGGCAGCUGUCGGCACGCAUGUCACGACUCUGGCGACGAAGAUGGAAGAGUACAUCAAGGGCCUCAGCUCCGACCCCGAUCUGGUGGUUUCUGAUACCGCCAAAGAACGCUAUCGGCGACUGAAGGGGCGGUGCAUCGAGAAGGCUCAAUCUGACAUCGCGGCGGCCAAGGAUGAGAUGACCAUCCGAGAGAUCGAUCGACAUCAUAAGCUGGCGGCUGAGGAUUUGAAGAAGGCUGCUGCAGCUGAGGAGGUGCAGGAGAUGGAAAUGGAGCCUGCGAUUGAGGAGAUUCUGGCUAAGCAUGCCAAGAAGAUUGAAGACAAGCUUCGGCGGGAGAUUACGCAGAAGCUUGAGGCCAGUCUAUCUAAGAAGCUGCAGAAGAAUCUUCACAUCGGAGAGCAGAACUCUUCGCAGGCCGCAUCCGCUGACAAGAAGCAGACGGCUCAACCUGGGAGGCAGGACGGUGCACCUGGGAAGCCUAAGCCGAAGAAGAAGCGGGGUGGUAAGACUCCAAAGAAGCAGAAUUCCAGCGCCGACAAAGAGCAGCAGGCGAAAGGCCCUACCACAUCGAAGGCCAAGGGACCAAAAAACGGCGGAGGCGGCCCCGGAAAAGGGCCGCACAAGAAGUGA